AUGCAUACGGUGUGCGCCGUCGAUACCAAAAACGUAAUCGUCUCAAUCGACGGCCGUAAAGUGCACUGGGUGGACCCGCGGUACGUCGGCGAUCGAUGGAGCGUCGUGUGGUACCGCAGGGAUGUUGGUAAAACGGAACCGGUGGUGGACGAAGGCGUGGUGCCGCGGUGGUGGGCGCGAGAGGAGAAGAGCAGCUGGGUUCACGCAAAAAAUCCGGCGGUACCAAAUCCGGUGGUGGUCGAUCCGGAGGCGGUAGAUGCGGACGAUACGCGGGUAAAGCGGCACAAGCGAGGGUCAAACUGA